CCGGCUGGGGGGAGGGGGCUCGGUGCAGAGUCAGCUGGGGAGGAGGAGGAGGAGGGGGCGGGAGGAAGAGCGCGAGCCGGAGCCGGAGCAGGAACCGCGAGCAAGCCGGCCCCAGGAGCCCCUGCACCGCCAUGGGCAACAUCUUCGGGAACCUGCUGAAAAGCCUGAUCGGCAAGAAGGAGAUGCGCAUCCUGAUGGUGGGGCUGGACGCGGCUGGGAAGACCACCAUCCUCUACAAGCUGAAGCUGGGCGAGAUCGUCACUACUAUCCCCACCAUCGGGUUCAACGUGGAGACUGUCGAGUACAAGAACAUCAGCUUCACCGUGUGGGACGUGGGCGGCCAGGACAAGAUCCGGCCCCUGUGGCGGCACUACUUCCAGAACACCCAGGGGCUGAUCUUCGUGGUGGACAGCAAUGACCGGGAGCGGGUGAACGAGGCACGCGAGGAGCUGAUGCGGAUGCUGGCCGAGGAUGAGCUGCGGGAUGCUGUGCUCCUCGUCUUUGCCAACAAGCAGGACCUGCCCAACGCCAUGAACGCGGCGGAGAUCACGGACAAGCUGGGCCUGCACUCCCUGCGUCACCGCAACUGGUACAUCCAGGCCACAUGCGCCACCAGCGGCGACGGGCUCUACGAGGGCCUGGACUGGCUGGCCAACCAGCUGAAGAACAAGAAGUGAGCACGAGCCGCCCCCCCCCGCCCCCCUGCGCUGCCGGGGGCCGGGCGGAGCCACCCUUCUGCCCACCCCCUCAGGCUGGCAGGACCUGUCGCCUCUUCCCCCCUCCCCUCUUGUUGGGUUUUGCUUUCUUUCCGGCACCGGUUGCUGUGGGUUUGCACGGAUC